AUGGUUGACGACCAGAACCCUGUCAACCAGAACCCCGGUAAUUUCCGCAACCGACCUCACGAACAGGUCGAGAAUAUUGCUCGAAAGGGUGGACAGUCUAGCCACCACAGCGGAUUCGCUUCUAUGGAUCCCGGGAAGCAGAGGAGCAUCGCCUCGAAAGGUGGCCACGCUUCACGUGGAAAGUUCGAGCCAGGAAGUCCGAGAGCCAGGGAAGCAGGCCGGAGGGGAGGUAAAGCCGUCCACCACCAGCAGGAGCAGGAGCAGGAGCAAGGGCCUGAGGAAUAA